AUGGAUGAUGAAGCAUGGCAGCCACAAAGCGAUAAUGAUCAGCACAGCAAAAUGUUUGUCGGAGGUUUGGCCCAAACUGUAACGUCAGAUUUUCUGAAAGCGUACUUUUCGAACUAUGGCCCGGUGCAAGAUGCGUUUGUUUUGAUGGAUGAGCAGUCGGGGCGGUCACGUGGGUUCGGAUUUGUUACAUUCGAAGACCCACUCACGCUGAAGAAUGUUUUACGGCAGAAGCCACACAUACUGGGGAACAAACAGGUUGACUGCAAACAUGCGGUGAACAAGAAUAUAAAACGUGCGCCCAAGAACGCUUCCGUGCCCAACUUUUGCAGCGCCUGGGCCACCGCCUAUGACUCACGGCAGUCGGUUGCGCCGGACGAAGCGGAAGCUACUUUGUAA